AUGCGUGACUUCAUACGCAAGUGCAACCGUGCACCUCCUAUGACAAUGGCUGAAGUUGAUAAUAUGAUCGGAGAGCUUGGAACUGAUGGUGAAGACCGAGUCUUCGGAGCUUCCAAGUUUUCUGUUGGUCAUCGUCGUUUAUCUCAGCCGGUAUCUUUUCCGGUUAAACCUAAAGAAACCGAGUCAGAUCUAAAUUCAUCUUCAACCUUCGAUCAAUCGAUUAUGGCUCUCGAAUGGGUUGUCUUGGGCUACGCGGCGGCGGCUGAAGCGAUCAUGGUCAUCCUCUUGACGAUGCCGGGGCUCGACGCCCUCCGCAAGGGAUUGAUCGCCGUCACGCGUAAUCUCCUGAAGCCGUUUCUAUCGAUCAUCCCUUUCUGUCUCUUCCUCUUGAUGGAUAUCUACUGGAAGUACGAGACUCGACCUUCCUGCGACGGCGAUUCCUGCACCCCUUCCGAGCACCUCCGUCACCAGAAAUCAAUCAUGAAGUCCCAGCGUAACGCCCUGCUCAUCGCGUCGGCUCUCGUUUUCUACUGGAUUCUGUACUCCGUCACGAAUCUCGUCGUCAAGAUCGAGCAGCUUAACCAGAGGGUCGAGAGGCUCAAGAACAAGGAUUAA